AUGGUGACAGGAAUAAAACCGAUAGAAAAGCAUAAUGAUAAUACAGAGAAUGAGCAGAAGCCGACAAGACGAAGGUGGAAUUUAGAACAACUCCGAGCCGGUGAUACUUUUCUUUCGUUACAAGCUGCUACAAAUAAGUAUGAUUCGCAAAAAGGUAUGACUGCGCCCGGCAUGCCGCGAUGGAAUAUAACCAAGGACAAGCAUCUUGGUUUCAUAAAUCCUGACCGGAAAAGUGAAGAAUUGCUGACAGCACAAUACGGAAGCAACCAAUAUGCAUCGCAAAAGGGUCUAACACCGAUUGGUGCAUCAAGAAACCAAAUAUUAAAAGUAGAAUAUAAAAAAGACUGGGGGACAGUACUUGAUAAACAAAGUGAAAAACUUAUACCUAAGCAGUCUGGUGAUUACGGAAUGGCUACGCAAUCCGGAGAACGUUCGAUGGGUUCUCACCGUAAUCAAGUGCCGAUUAUUAGAGGACGUUUACCACGGGAUCGGCGUACACAUGGUGUAUUGUGUUAUCAGUAUGGUAGCAACAUAUUUGCUUCUCAACAGGGUAUGAAUGCACCGCCUGGAAUCGGUGCAGUUCGACAAGCUACCAUGGAAAUCGAAGGACUUGGUUUUACAGAGGAUGGUUUACGAAAGGGCACUGCAUUUACACCGUGGUACUCGGGACAAAACAAAUUUGCCAGUCAAUCAGGCACUGGUGGUUUUCUGAAAAUUCGUGAUGUAUUACCAAAUUCGAAGGGUGGUAAAGAAAUUGAUGAAGCGCUGAAAAUUAAAUCAGAGGGCAUAGUACCACUUCAGGCUGGUACCAACAAACUUGCAUCUCAGAAAGGCAUGACAGGCUUUGGAACACGAAGAAAUGUACUGCUAAAGCAAGCGUGGAAAAAAGAAUGGAUUGAAGAGUAUGAGCAGGCGCUACGGGAAUUUGAAGAUAUUCUACCACUUGGCUCGGCAACUGCCGCUGAUUCAUUUGGACAUUUCAAACAGGAAUUCGAGAAAAGGAGAGAUGUGGAGAAGUCAAUAGAAAAUAGAGAGAAGGAAGAAUAUGAAAAGGAGGAAGAAGAAGAAGGAGAUGACGAGGAAGAAAAUGAAAAGGAUGAAGAUGAAGGAGAUGACGAGGAGGAAGAAGAUGAAGAGAUAGAAGAAAAUGACGAAGAAGAAAUGGAGGAAGAAGAAUAA